ACGCGUAGGCGGGGCGCUUUACACGGAAGCCUGCGGCGUCAGGUCUCAUCCUUCUCUGAUUUCCGGCAUUAGGCGACACUGGGAGGACCUGCGCCCUUUGGCCAAGACCCUGAGUGCCCACUAGAGGGUACCGGGACAGAUUGAAGUCAUGGCCAUUCUUUUUGCUGUUGUUGCCAGGGGAACUACUAUCCUUGCCAAACAUGCUUGGUGUGGAGGAAACUUCCUGGAGGUGACAGAGCAGAUUCUGGCUAAGAUACCCUCUGAAAAUAAUAAACUAACGUACUCACAUGGCAAUUAUUUGUUUCAUUACAUCUGCCAAGACAGGAUUGUGUAUCUUUGUAUCACUGAUGAUGAUUUUGAGCGUUCUCGAGCCUUCAGUUUUCUGAAUGAAGUAAAGAAGAGGUUCCAGACUACUUAUGGUUCAAGAGCACAAACUGCUCUUCCAUAUGCCAUGAAUAGCGAGUUCUCAAGUGUUUUGGCUGCACAACUGAAGCAUCACUCUGAAAAUAAAGGGCAAGACAGAGUGAUGGAGACUCAAGCACAAGUGGAUGAACUGAAAGGAAUCAUGGUCAGAAACAUAGAUUUGGUUGCUCAACGUGGAGAAAGAUUGGAAUUACUGAUAGAUAAAACAGAAAACCUUGUGGAUUCAUCUGUAACUUUCAAAACUACCAGCAGAAAUCUUGCUCGAGCCAUGUGUAUGAAGAAUAUCAAGCUUACUAUCAUCAUCAUCAUAGUAUCAAUUGUGUUCAUCUAUAUCAUUGUGUCACCUCUCUGUGGUGGGUUUACAUGGCCAAGCUGUGUGAAGAAAUAAGAAAGUUGCCAUUAACCAAGGAUACAAGUGUAAAUGGAGAUAAAGGCAAUCCAUGUGA